UCCGUUUCUUGCCGCGUUCAGCUUCAAUCUACAAGACAACGACGAUUCUUCUGUUGCUUUAUUUUGUCUUGAUGGAAUCCGCUGUGCAAUAAGAAUAUCUUGCAUAUUCAGCAUGCCUUUGGAAAGAAAUGCUUUCGUACAAGCUCUAUCCAGGUUCACUUUAAUUACUGCGACCAGUGGCACGCAUAUUCAUGAAAUGAAAAACGAAGAACAUGGAGACGAUCAAGACACUUCUUACCAUCGCUCAAACGGAUGGUAAUUACAUCGGGAAGUCUUGGCUCGAGAUACUGAAAUGCAUUUCCCAACUUGAAUUGGCUCAACUUAUCGGUACUGGUGUGAAAACGCGAUACCUUCACACGGCGUCCAGCGGUGUUACUAAUUCACCCACAGCAUUCAUCGCAAACAACAAGACACCUUAUGAUAUAACCUCAGGUCGGAUGCCUGUUGCCGCUGACUGA